GUCUUGUGAUCGAGUUAUCUAGGCAUGUUCUAGAAGCUAUCUUGAACAUGUCUGGUCUUUGUGAUUGAGCUUACGUGUGGUUACUAGGCAUGGCACUAUUAAUAAUAUUCAUGGUUUGCGAAAGAACCUUCCUACUCUCUGGUUCUCACAUGAGCUUUAAACCAUGCACAAUACCAAUCAACUCUACACAGGUAAUAGACUCGUCCCUGCCCCAAAGGUUCAUUGAGUAGGCUUUCAAGAAUCAUCCAUUUUCUCUCUUCACGAUGUUGCAAGCCGCUCUGUCUAAAGGAGACAAAUUAUGAAGCCAUUGGUGCUGAGACACGUCCAACCUAGCUGCGACGGCUUCAACUAAUGUUUUGUCUUUCCCAUAUUCCUCCAAAUCCAAAGAUAUCCCUCUCCUUCUCAAAGCCUAUUGCAGUAUGCUAUCUUCGUUGCUUUGUGUGAAACUGAAAUUGUGCACAGGUUUUAAAGACACCUACAGAUGGGGUAACUAUUCCAAUUCUUCCAAAAUAGUGAGCAUGUGCCUGCCAAAAUGGUCUCAUCAAUGUGAGAGCUCCGUCCUGACGAAUAGUUCCAUCAUUGCCAAAUAGGUCCUCCCAUGUCAAUCGGAUGAAAUGGCAGUCGCAAGGGACAUGUCAUGUUGAAUCUUAUCCUCCUCCACAAAUCUUGUAGGAAACAACGACAGUGAGGUGUUGUCGAUAUCUCUGAGCUUUUAUCAAGAGUCGGUCAUGAGAAGCAAACCAAAAAAAAAUCUGAUCCAUGGCAUCGCCAAGGUACACCACACCGAUGGCCAGAUUGGAGGCCUGAAGGAAGGGUCACCGUCCAAAUUCAUGAGCGAAUAAGUUGUCUUCGAAGAAAAACAUCUUGUCGCGAAGUAGCACCGAACUCGGACAUCCUUAGGUGAUUCGCUUGGUUUAGGGUGCAACAUAACUCAAGCAAUAAGCCACGGAGAAAGUUUCUCUGAUGUUCUAAUCUUUAGAGACCAUAGCUGAAUUAACAGAUACUGGUCAUAGAUGAUUCAGAGGAUCUAAGUAAAAGCAAUGUGAUAGUUAGCUUCAUUGGAGAGCUUAACCAGGAUCUAGUCUUAGUCAAAAUGAAGAACAUCCAAAUGACUCGUUAGCUUCCAUAACCACUGGUUUUGGCUCCAGAGGUAGGGGUAACUAAUCUUCACUCUAAACAAGCAUACAACAACAAUAUGUUGGAAGGGUUCACACACACGUCGGAGAAUUGCGAGAAACCAACAUAGAUAAUGUUCUCCCAUUAUUGCUUCCCACGAGGUAAUUCUAAAGAACGAUAGAAAUCUCGAGGAUGAUCUUGCUUGUUACGUUGUUGUCUUGCAGGAAAGACACUCUUGUAUAAAGGAGGAGAGCGGUGGUUUGGGGAAGCUAACAUGGAGAGGUCUUUUCUCAAACCCUUCAAAUAUAUUUUAAGAUUAAAAAAUAUAAUUUCAUAAAACUACGCAAUAAUUCUUAACUCACUAUUUUUUUUUCCUUGAAUUGAUUACACUAUAUUGUUUUUAUGAAUCAAUUACACUACAAUACAACAGCAUACAUAGCUCACAUAAAUUAAGCAAGGGAUAGGAAGAGGUCAAGGCUAGCACUAAGAACUAAAAUCAGCCAGCUCCCAGCUGCAAGAAACGGAGAGAGAGAUGACAAAACCCACACAGAAAACAAGUGCCAAUUGGAAGCUUAUGAAACUGUAGUUGAAAAACAAGGAGCAAGCAUAGAGACCUGAGGCAUCCUAGGUCGGAUUCGGCCUUUACCAUCGGAUUCAUCGAUAUUCUUCUUCCCUCGUAAUCACCAUUUCUAGUUUUGAUAUAUAAGCUCUCCCCCCAUUUCCUCCAUUACCACACUCCUUUUCCUUGCCCUUUCAAAUCAAAUUUCAACCCAUUUCCCCUCCAUCAGUUCUCUUACCUGGGUUCUCAUCCUCAUUCCUUGAACCUCCUGAAAGUUGCCAUCUUUCUUCUUUCGCACCCAUGGACCUUGACAGUAACUACUUCCCUGCCUUCAACCGAACCAGAAGCGGCUACGAGCCCUCCGAUGCAGAGACCGAUUGGAGGGAGAGCCCCAUCCAAAUCCGCAGCAAUGGAGGAGGAGGCAGAGCAACGAGCUUCGAUUCAGACACAGACAUGGAAUUGCCUCCACAAACCCUCACUUCUUCCAACAGACAACAGCAACAACAAGCAAGGAAGUUCAAUGACGACAACGAAUACAACAACAACAACAACAACCUUGAUCAUGAUCACAAUUCUUCUUCUUCAUCCUCCUCCGCUGAUGGAACCAAUUCCAUCGCCAGCUCCACUCGCCGCAAGACCAAGAACCAGCGCCCCAGGUCCACCAGCGCCACCAGGACCAGGGCUAACAUCAAGGACCAGGACAAUGGCGCCGGAUUAUACGCCUACAAAGACCAGAAGCAGCUGAAGAAGAAUCACCCUCCACCACUUUACCCUUCCAGGGCAACUUCAGUUGGGGAGCUGAACGAGAUGAUCGGUACAAUGAAGCUCUCCAGAGCCGUCCCUGGUGGAGGGAAAGGAAACCCUAUGUGUGAGAGCACAGAUUCACUCUCCCCAGGUGACAUCUUUUUCUCCAGAGAUGUGACUUCUGCACUGCCACCACACCUCCAGAAGAAUGGAAGGUUCCAGCAGCCGGACUUUGCAGUUCAUAAUAACAACAACAACAACAACAAGCAAGAGACCACAGGGAGCGAGGAUGUGAACAUGAAUGAUCACAAGGCGUCCACGAGGUCUUCUUCUUCGAGCUCGGGAUCGCGUACCACUGCAACAAGCACCAACUCCACGCCGGGCUACUUCCACAGCAGCGGGAAGAUGAGCAGUGACACGAGUAGCAAGGUGAGCGAUAUGAGCGGGAGAACGACUGAGAGCGUGAAAGCAUUUGUGGCCAACAGGAAGAAAUCGCAGUCUUCGGAUUCCAAUUGGCUGUCCUGUAUCAAAGGAAGGAGCUGCAGGACGAAUCAGAAGUCCCCCGAGAAGGAAAAGGUGGAUGAAUCUACGUAUAUUGCGAGGGCGAAUGUUGUUGAGAGCUUGAGUCAGUUCUGGGCUGAUAAGUACCAGCCCUCGUCGUUGAAAGCAUUCAGUUAUCAUAAACAGGAGGCUCAGCUUCUGAGGAAACUUGUGUCUCAAGACAGUAUCCCUCACAUCCUGUUCAAAGGGCCAUCCAUCUCUGGGAAGAAAGGUUUGAUGAUGGCACUUCUUGGUGACAUAUUCGGGGAUGCUUGCUCGCAGAUGUCCCAUGACUUGAGAUUCUUCCAAGCACAGGAGAAAAAGGGAGCCCAGGUGGUGGUUCCAAUAACAUCAAGCGCUCAUCAUGUGGAGCUGAACGUGAAAUCAGAACCAAACGCCAUGAGUGCGUUGAUGGGUUUGGUGAAGGAAAUCAGCAACGCUUAUUCACUAACACCAGAAGUCAGCACCAUAAAUUUCAGACCAGACUAUAAAGUGAUAGUUCUCUACGAGGCUGACAGAGCGACAGAGAACAUCCAGCAUCUGAUCAAAUGGAUUAUGGACUGUUACACGGAUUGUUGCAAGCUCAUUCUCUGCUGCGAUGAUGAUUUGGAGAUGCUCGAAUCGGUGAGAAAUCGGUGCAAAGUUGUGAAUGUGGAUGCUCCUGCAACACAUGAAAUCAUGGAAUUUCUUGUUCAGAUAUCAAAGAAAGAAGGGUUUGAUCUACCCAUGAACUUUGCUGCCAAGAUUGCUACGAAAGCAAAGGACUUGAGAAGGGCUAUCAUGGCACUUGAAGCUUGCAAAGCACACAACUAUCCCUUCGCUAACGAUCAACCCAUCCCAAUAUUCUGGGAAGAGGUGCUGGUAGAAAUCGCCACUGAAAUCAUGGCUGAUCCAUCUCCUAAGAGGCUUUUUCUGGUGAGGGGGAAGUUGCAGAAGCUACUAGUUGAUUUCGUCAAUCCCCAACUAAUUCUUCAGAAACUUGUGGAGCAAUUCCUGAAGGAGAUGCCGUCAAGCUCGAAAAGAGAGCUUUACUAUUGGCAUGGCUACUACGAAAAGAGACUCCCAGCAGGUACAACUGCCUUGCUCAAGCUAGAAGAAUUCGUUGCCAAGUUCAUGGGCAUGUACCGGAAGAGUAUAGGGAAUCGCCAGUUCUAACUCUUGAAGGAGUAAUUUUACCAUUUGGAUUUAGCUAUUUCUUCAAGCUCUCCAUUCAUGGUGAUAAAGAAAUCAUCGACCGAGAGAGAGAGAGAGAGAGAGAGAGAGAGGUCUCCUGUAAAUUCGACCUAUUUGUUGGACCCGAAGAUCAAACUGCAAUAAAAAGCUGACCGCUGU